AUGCAUUUCACGCAAAUCGUUUCACUGUCGAUCCUUUUUCUGGUCCAACAAGCCAAGGCCGAGGACUUGCGCCGCGACCGCGUUGUUUAUUCUUCCAACUUUCCGUCGCGCUCAUCUUCAGCACACCGCGCCCAGAGUCUUCCCAAGGAUGAAGAUAUCUAUCUUGACUUUGCCCUGACUAUACCAGAGGAGCAGCUUCAAGCUGCAACACAAGCUCUCCAGGAUAUAUCCAACCCGGCCUCUAUCAACUUUGGCCAUGCUUGGACAGGGGACCAAGUAGCUGAGCUUUUGGCGCCACCCAAGGACAGUAUUCAAAAAGUGGCGCAAUGGCUGAACGAGUCCAAUGUUCAUCACUCAGACAUUCGGGUCUCCUCCGAUAGAGGACACCUUUACGUCAAGACGACGCUGGGCCAGGCAGAGGAGUUGUUAGAGGCACAGUACCACAAGUACUUGACCGGACCAACUGAACAAGUUGCCUCCGACACUUAUUCCCUCCCGGAACACAUAUCGAAACUGGUAGACUUUGCCAUGCCAGGGCUUCCAUCUGCGAUCCCGCCUACCAGCUUGGCCGGCAAUGUCGUAGAAGAUCCCAACGAAAGGAGACAGGUGAACUCGACAGCACCUCGAUCGAUAGAUGACUGCUUCAGAUAUAUGAGCCCUGAAUGCCUGAGGCUUCUUUACAACAUCCCCUGGCCAUCUAACACACCGACCCAUCCCAACAAUUCUCAGGGUAUCUUCCAGAUAUCAUGGCAGACAUGGCUUCCGGAGGAUCUGGACGCCUUUUUCGAACUUUUUCAACCUGCACUCGUCGGCCAGCGUCCCGAAGUGUUGCCCAUUGCUGGGGGCUAUCUCCAAACGGAAUUCAAGGACCGCGCCUUCAACCUCGAGUCCAACCUUGAUCACGAGUACGCUAUGGCGUUAUCGUAUCCCCAGCCCGUUAAAAACGUACAAGUCGGAGGGCGCGAGAACCUGGGAAACCUGAAUCUCAUGCUUGCCGCGUUUGACCAGGAGUACUGCGCGACGGGUCUGGACGCCAACUUUGAUCCCCUAACUCCCACCCCGGAAAACCCGCACGGGACGGACUGCGGCACGGCGGAUCCGCCAUUGGUCAUCUCAGUCUCGUACGCCUGGAACGAGGUUGCUUUUAGUGAGCAAUACGUACGUCGCCAGUGUCUGGAGUUUCUCAAGUUGGGCCUCCGCGGCGUCACCGUCAUCGCUGCUACCGGGGACCGAGGCACCGCUGACCAGCUGGAUCAAUGCCGCGAUCCCAGCAGCGGCCAGCUGGGUGCCGGUCCGGGACACUUUAGUGCGAAUUUCCCAGCCUCUUGCCCCUGGGUUACCGCCGUGGGAGGAACCCAGCUAUCUCCGACAAACGUGUCCUGGGUGAAAGGGGAAACUCCCUUCCCUCCCGAGACUGCUCUCAGGUUGAGUGGGAGUGGCUACGAGUUCACAUCUGGGGGCGGGUUCAGUGGCCUGUUUCCAGCUCCGUGGUACCAGAAGGGCGCCGUGGAAUCGUAUCUAGGCCAUCCGGGUCAUCAAACGCACCUCUCUAAUCUAUCCUCGAGUGGAUAUUUCGACAACCGGGGCCGUGGGUUUCCCGAUGUGUCGGCGAUGGCCCUCAACUAUCUCGUCCGCACCAACGACAAGCUCAUAACGGCAUCCGGCACGUCGGCAGCAGCGCCGGUCUUUGCGUCCAUGAUUACCAAAAUCAACGACGCGCGGCUCAAGUCCGGAAAGGGACCUGUUGGGUUCGUAAACCCCGUGCUGUACUCUCACAGUGAUUCCUUCUCAAGGGAUGUAUCUACCGGGUCCAACGGUGGCUGUGGCGUCCCGCUGGCUUUUCCUGCGGGCGAAGGCUGGGACGCAGUCACGGGUUUGGGGACGAUAGAUUUCGAGAGUUUAUUAGCAACUUACCUCAGUCUGCCGUAA